GUAGCCGAAGAGAGUUGCAGAGAACCCAAAAAAAAAAAAAUCUCCCGGUAUCAAAAGGUUCUAAACCUUCAUAACGAAACCAUUUUCACCUAAAAUCUCUCCUUCUCUCUAUAAAUAUUUGCUUCCGAUUAGAAAUUAGAAACCCUUUCUUCUCUUCAAUUUCGGAUUUGACUCAUCGUUAUAUCUCAGUCUCCCUCUCCCCUUCUUCCCUGAUUCUUCGUCUCCGAGACUCCGAUUUGAUACUCGAUAUCAUCUUUCUCUCUUGUUAUCGUUCGCUAUUUUGCUUCCGGCGAAGAAGCAGUUCCCCAAAUUUACCCGUUGCGUUUAUUAACGGAGAAAGAAAGAAUCUUUUGAGGAAUCUUUUUGUGGGUAUUAGCGAAAUUGAUUUGGGGAGAUUGAGUCGGGUGUUUGGGGAUUUGAAGAAAUUAGGUAUGAGAGUGGAAGGGGAUAACAUGGUGCCUCGAGGAAAUGAAACAGACGACGAAGUGGUUCUUGAUACGACGUCGUUUGAACAAGCUCAGCAGCGGCAGAAGCAACUUGUUAUUGGGUAUGCACUGACGACUAAGAAGAAGAAGAGUUUCUUGCAACCCAAGCUUGAAGUUCUUGCUAGGCAAAAAGGCAUUUCCUUUGUUUCCAUUGACCAGGAAAAACCACUCUCGGAACAAGGUCCAUUUGAUGUCGUUCUGCAUAAGCUACUGGGAAACGCGUGGCACGAGGUUAUUGAGGAUUACCAGCAAAAACAUCCAGAAGUGACCGUGCUUGAUCCUCCAGGUGCAAUCCAGCGUAUAUAUAAUCGACAAUCAAUGCUCCAGGGUAUUGCAGAUUUAAAUCUUGCAGAAUGCGAUGGCAUGAUAUGUGUUCCAAAACAAAUGGUUGUCUUAAAAGAUACAACAUCUAGUGCUAACGAAGUUGAAGAAGCUGGUUUAAAAUUUCCACUAGUUGCAAAGCCACUUUUGGUCGAUGGAACUGCAAAGUCACAUCAGUUGUUCUUAGCCUAUGACCGUCUCUCGCUUGCAGAACUUGAACCCCCUUUGGUUCUUCAAGAAUUUGUAAAUCAUGGUGGAGUUCUCUUCAAGGUUUUUGUUGUUGGUGAUGUGAUAAGGGUGGUCCGACGAUUCUCUCUGCCAAAUGUAAGCAACAUUGAAAAAUCAAAAGUUGCUGGUGUAUUUCAAUUCCCAAGGGUAUCAUCUGCUGCAGCUUCAGUUGACAAAUCAGACUUGGACCCUCGUGUUGCUGAGCUACCUCCAAAUCCAUUGCUCGAAGGGCUUGUGAGAGAAUUAAGAAGCCGAUUGGGACUUAGAUUGUUCAACAUAGACAUUAUCAGAGAACAUGGGAGCAAAGAUGUGUUUUAUGUCAUUGACAUCAACUAUUUUCCUGGGUACGGGAAGAUGCCGGAUUACGAGCAGGUUUUCAUCGAUUUCUUCCUGAGUCUGGCGCAAGCGAAGCUUAACAAGAGAUAGUAUGUGAAAAAUGGAAUAAAAAUGUGAAGGAGGUUGAAAGUUAUUAAAACUCGUUGCGUUCUGCAAUAUUGUGUUAUGUACAGAAAAUAGCUUUUCCAUGUUGCUAGCAGUAGCACAUAAACAAGUUUUGAUUAGUGAUCACAUACAUCUGUGUAUCUUUCUCCAUCUGUUCUUCAAAAUUGAUUUUGA